GUUUUGCCCCUGGUCCCUACGAUUUCUGAUGCGAGUUUGAUUACUGCGCUCGUAGAGCGUUGGCGACCCGAAACGUCGACCUUCCAUUUACCGUUUGGUGAGGUCACGAUCACGUUAGAGGAAGUUGUGACACUGUCUUGUCUGGCCAUCGACGGUGAUGCCGUCGUAGUUGACAUACCGGAUGAGGAGUGGCUGACGAUCUGUUUGAUACUGUUAGGACGGGUAUUACUGUUCCCCGAUCGGUCGGGAGCUACGGUGCACCUACAGUACCUACUUCUGAUUGAGGAUUGGCAGAGAGCUAGACGGUUCGCCUGGGGAGCAGCUAUUUUAUCCUACUUGUAUCGUGAGAUGGAUAGGUCGGUUUUGCACAUUACGCAUUCCUCCACUUCUCUAGGAGGUGGCCUUGGUGGAUGGCUCGCCCUACUGCAGCUCUGGGCGUGGGAGCGAUUCCCACAUCUGACACCGCGACAUUGA